CUUCAGUAACACCAGCAGCAGCAGCAGCAGCAGCAGCUCCACCAGACACUGAGCACGGUUGGAUGGUUGUUUCUAUCAGCAGACUCUAGGUGAUUUAAGACACUUCAAGCGAUAAAACAAUGCACUGGACUGAGAUGAAGAAAGAUGAGCUGGAGCGGCAGCUUUCACCCAGCCGGUGGUCGCACAGGAUGUCUGAGGACGACGUGGUCAAGGCUCACGUUAAGGCUGUGAAGGAAGGUACGCAGCGAGCCCGUGGUCUGGCUCAAACUUUACUCAACGUGCCAUAUGGAGAGGGAGAUGGAGAGAAACUGGACGUCUACAUACCCAAAACCAACUCUUUGGAUGUCCCUCUUGUUAUUUACAUACAUGGCGGCUACUGGCAGUUUCUCAGUAAGGAGGAGUCAGGAUUCAUGGCUGUUCCACUCGUCGAUAAAGGUGUCGUGGUGGUUGCCGUUGGCUACGACAUCGCCCCGAAAGGUAACAUGGACUUGAUGGUGUCUCAAGUACGCAAGAGUGUUGUGUCUGUCAUUCAGCAGUACUCUCACAUCAGUGGUCUGUACCUGUGUGGACACUCUGCUGGGGCUCACCUUGCUGCAAUGGUCCUCUCCACUGACUGGUCACAGUACAGCAUCACCCCUCAGAUCAAAGGGGCUUUCUUGGUCAGUGGCAUCUACGACCUCCUGCCGAUCCUGUCCACCUACGUCAACGAGCCUCUGAAGAUGACAGAGGAGGUGGCGGUCAGGAACAGCCCCAGCAAACUGGUCCCUCAGCUCAAGCUCUCGUCCUCCAGUUGUCACAUUGUUGUGGCUGUCGCUGAGAACGAUUCGCCAGAGUUUCGCAAGCAAUCAGAAGAAUACUACAAAGUCAGUGCUGUUGAUAUAAAGAGUAAACUCUGCUUUGAUUAGAGUAUAAAGUUAAAUAUUAAUGAG